AUGGAGCUCAACCUCUGGCCCCGUGUCUCCUUGCCGGAGACUUCCCCGACACUGCGUUGGACGGGGAAGGUUGGUGAUGCGUCGCGUUUUCGGGUCUGGGGAUCCCGAGCUUUUGUUCGCGACACGUCCGCGGACAAGCUCUCCCGUCGCGCUGUUCCCUGUGUCUUCCUUGGCUUUGUCCCGGACGCGCCUGGUUGGCAGUUUUACCACGUCACCUCGCGCCGGGUUCUGCCUUCUCAGGACGUCACUUUUGACGAGUCCGUCCCCUACUACCGCCUCUUCCCCUACCGCACUGCCCCGCUCCCUCCCCCGCCUCUCUUCCUCGCGCCAGGUGCUGCUGUGGUAGACCCCCUCCCCCCUCAGGGUGCCGCUCCCUCAGGUGUGUCCCAGGUAGACCCGGUUGAGCCUGUCGAGGUAGCUGUCGAGUCUGCUAGGGGUGCUGAGCCUGAGCGCGUGGAGCCUGGGGGUGCUGAGCCUAGGGGUGCGGAGCCUGGGGGUGCUGAGCCUGGGGGUACUGAGCCUGGGGGUGCGGAGCCUGGGGGUGCUGAGCCUGGAGGUGCGGAGCCUGGGGGUGCUGAGCCUGGAGGUGCUGAGUCUGGGGGUGCUGAGUCUAGCGGUACUGAGCCUGGGAGUGCUACACCUGGAGGAGCCCUCUCCUCACAGCAGCUGCAGGAGAGGUACCUCCAGUACUGCAGCCUCAGGAGAGGUGCUGCUGGAGCUGGUACCAGUGCUUCCCCUCCUACCCGGGAGCUCCCCUCCCUUCAGCAGAUCCGGGAGUGGCACACGCGACGCUGCAGUCUUCGGAGUGGCGCUCCUGGUGUUGCGGACCCUGGUACUGCAGGUGCUGCUGGUGCUGAGGACCCGGGCGGUGGAGCUGCUGCUGGUGCUGAGGACCCGGGCGUUGGAGCUGCUGCUGGUGCUGAGGACCCGGGCGGUGGAGCUGCUGCUGGUGCUGAGGACCCGAGCGUUGGAGCUACUUCUGGUGCUGAGGACCUGCUGCUGGUGCUGAGGACCCGGGCGUUGGAGCUGCUGCUGGUGCUGCGGACCCUGGAGUUGGAGCUGCUGUUGGUGCUGAGGACCCGGGCGGUGGAGCUGCUGCUGGUGCUGAGGACCUGGGCGUUGGAGCUGCUGCUGGUACUGAGGACCCUGACGCUGGUGUCUCUACUGGUUCUGGAGACGCUGCGCGGCCGCGACCGAGGUCUUACGGAGCGUCGUGAGCCUGAGUCUCGUCCUGCGUCGCCUGUUCGUACUGCUCGCACUGGUCGUCGUGUCCCACGUGAGCGUCCUCCUCCUGUCCCUGGCACUCACUACAUGACUCUGCGUCCCUCCACUGCUCCUCAGCGUGUCCUUCUGCCGUCUCCUCCUGCGUCCUCUCUACCUACUCUUCCUGACCCGGAGUCUGACUCCCGUCGUGCUGCCAGUCCCACUGUCACGCGUCUCCUAGCUACUGUUGUCACUGACCCUACCUUUGAGUCUUCUGCUGCGUCUGCUCUGGUCGCUGAGUUGGUUGACUUUGCUGCUCGACAGGAGGAGUUCCAGUGCUUUGCUGCUGCUUUGCCCCAUCUCGUGUCCAUGCUAGUUGCCCCUGAGGGAGACCCGGAUGCACCAGACAUCCCGACCCCGCGCUCUUACGCAGAGGCGAUGGCGGGUCCCUACUCCUCUCAGUGGCAGACAGCCAUGGACGCAGAGAUGGCUUCCUGGAAGUCCACAGGCACCUACGUCGACGAGGUUCCCCCACCUGGGGCGAACAUCGUCACUGGCAUGUGGAUUUUCAGGGUGAAGCGGCCGCCGGGUUCUCCUCCUGUCUUCAAGGCGCGCUACGUUGCUCGAGGCUUCAAUCAGCGAGAGGGAGUAGACUUCUUCCAGACCUUCUCCCCCACCCCGAAGAUGACCACUCUUCGGGUGCUGCUGCACAUAGCCGCUCAGCGCGACUACGAGCUUCACUCACUCGACUUCAGCACUGCUUUCUUGCAGGGCAGCCUGCACGAGGAGACCUGGCUGCGCCGCCCUCCUGGCUUCACUAGGUCGUUUCCUCCUGGUACCCAGUGGAGCCUCCGGCGGCCAGUCUACGGUCUCCGCCAGGCACCGCGUGAGUGGCACGACACACUGAGGACUACACUUGCGGCUCUUGGGUUCUGCUGUUGGCCGUGCUCUUGGGUUACCUCGCUGCCGCCGUUCUACAUCCUCGUGUACAUCGACGACUUGGUCUUUGCCACUGCUGACACCACGGCACUCGCCCACGUGAAGUCGGAGCUGCAGAAGAGACACACGUGCACAGACCUGGGUGAACUGACAAGCUAUCUUGGCUUGCGGAUCACCCGGGACAGAGCACGGCGCACCAUCACCUUGACUCAGUCACACAUGGUGCAGCAGGUCCUUCAGCGCUUCCGCUUCACGUACUCCUCGCCUCAGUCCACUCCUCUGCCUACCGGUCACUCGCUCUCAGCUCUGCCUUUGGAUGAGUCCGUAGAGCCGAGUGGCCCGUAUCCAGAGCUUGUGGGCUGCCUCAUGUACCUGAUGACCUGCACUCAACCUGACCUUGCAUACCCUCUUAGCAUCCUUGCACGCUAUGUCGCUCCUGGCCGUCACAGGAAGGAGCACAUGGUGUCAGAAUGA